GCCCCGUUGUGAGGUUAUAAAGUGGCGCGGUCCAACAGCCCGCACGGUGGCAGCCACCGACGCUCCGCUCUCGGCUGCUGCUCCGGCCGCGACGGGCCGCCUGCCUCCUGCAGCGGGUGCCAUAGCCGCCCCCGCGUCGGCGUGGUCCGCGGGCUCGCGUGCUCGGCGCUAAGCCCUGGCCCCGGCGGCCGGGGCAUGGGCCAGGGGCGCGGGGUGAGGCGGCUUCCCGAGGGGCCGUGACCUGCACCAGCCUCAGCAUGAAGACCCUCAUAGCCGCCUAUUCCGGGGUCCUGCGAGGGGAGCGUCGGACCCCGCCUGACCAGAGCGAGGGCCCCAAAGGAGGACCGGUGCUGUCCCGUGAAGGCUCCAGGCUCUGGGGCACUGGCUCCAGCAUCCUCUCCGCCCUCCAGGACCUCUUCUCCAUCACUUGGCUCAACAGGUCCAAGGUGGAAAAGCAGCUGCAGGUCAUCUCGGUGCUGCAAUGGGUCUUGUCCUUCCUCGUGCUGGGAGUGACCUGCAGUGUCAUCCUCAUGUACAUAUUCUGCACCGACUGCUGGCUCAUUGCUGUGCUCUACUUCACCUGGCUGGUGUUUGACUGGAACACACCCAAGAAAGGUGGCAGGAGGUCACAGUGGGUCCGAAACUGGGCUGUGUGGCGCUACUUUCGAGACUACUUUCCCAUCCAGCUGGUGAAGACCCACAACCUGCUGACCACCAGGAACUAUAUCUUCGGAUACCACCCCCAUGGCAUCAUGGGCCUGGGUGCCUUCUGCAACUUCAGCACAGAGGCCACAGAAGUGAGCAAGAAGUUCCCUGGCAUAAGGCCCUACCUGGCCACGCUGGCAGGCAACUUCCGGAUGCCUGUGCUAAGAGAGUACCUGAUGUCUGGAGGCAUCUGUCCUGUGAACCGGGACACCAUCGACUACUUGCUUUCCAAGAAUGGGAGUGGCAACGCCAUCAUCAUCGUAGUGGGGGGUGCAGCCGAGUCCCUGAGCUCCAUGCCUGGCAAGAACGCUGUCACCCUGCGCAACCGCAAGGGCUUUGUGAAACUGGCCCUCCGCCACGGGGCGGACUUGGUUCCCACCUACUCCUUCGGAGAGAAUGAGGUGUAUAAGCAGGUGAUCUUCGAGGAGGGCUCCUGGGGCCGAUGGGUUCAGAAGAAGUUCCAGAAGUACAUUGGCUUUGCACCGUGCAUCUUCCAUGGCCGAGGCCUCUUCUCCUCUGACACCUGGGGCCUGGUGCCCUACUCUAAGCCCAUCACUACUGUAGUGGGGGAGCCCAUCACCGUCCCCAAGCUGGAGCACCCGACCCAGCAGGACAUUGACCUGUACCACGCCAUGUACAUGGAGGCCCUGGUGAAGCUCUUUGACAAGCACAAGACCAAGUUUGGCCUCCCAGAGACCGAGGUCCUGGAGGUGAACUGAGCCCAGACCUUAUGGGGCCAACUGCAAAUCGUUUUCUACCAAGUUCUUGAGUGCUUUUUGUUCUGUAAAUUUGGAAGCGUCAUGGGUGUCUGUGGGUUAUUUAAAAGAAAUUAUAAUAAUUUUGUUAAACC